GGUCAUGUCUUCGUCCCCUCCUUAUAAACCAAGCAAACGAUUUGCGCAGUCUCUGAACCAGAAUCCGCCAUGGAAACAGGUCUGAGCAUCUUCAAGCUCUCCUUCCUCCUCAGCCUUCUCUCGGGCGGGUCGUGGCUUGGACCUGGACCCGACCCGGUCGGGAAGUUCCCGCCCACGUGUAGCCGGAUCGAGUGCCCCAGCUACGAGUCGGUUCACGACGGAAAUGGGUACGAGAUCCGCCGGUACAACCGAACCGUUUGGAUUUCUACCGAACCCAUUCAGGACAUCUCUCUCGUCGAUGCCACACGAACCGGUUUUCUACAAUUGUUUGAUUACAUACAAGGGAAGAACAAGUAUCACCAGAAGAUAGAGAUGACAGCUCCAGUGAUAAGCCAAGUCUCACCAAGCGACGGUCCCUUCUGUGAAUCCUCGUUCACGGUCUCAUUCUACGUCCCGAAGCUGAACCAACCUGACCCCGCACCAGCCGACAACCUCCAUGUCCAGACAUGGGACCCGACCUAUGUUGCAGUGAGGCAGUUCAGCGGCUUUGUCUCGGACUAUAGCGUCGGGGAAGAAGCCGCGAAACUGCAGGCUAGCUUGGAAGGUACCGUGUGGGGCAAGGCAAUCGAGAAGAGUAAAGCAGAUGAAACAGCAAGCUCGGGUUCGGCCUACACCGUGGCUCAGUACAACUCGCCUUUCGAGUUCUCGGGCCGGGUUAACGAGAUAUGGUUACCCUUUGAGAUGGAAGAUGAAGCUUGAAAAAAUGGAGAAUGAUGGGGAGAGAUGUUAAAGGGCUUUAAGCCUUUGGUAGUGAAUAAAAUGGUGUUCAUGUUUGUAAACUACGCACCGAGAUUUACUGAGUCACUCAGAAUACAACUCGUUAUCUCUA